AUGGACGCGAAACUCACCAUCGCCGACAAGCUCGGCCGCGGCUUGACAAACGGCAUCUCCUUCGUAACUCGCAAAUGGAAGGUCAUCAUGCUAAGCUACGUCUUCAUCAUCUCAAUCGGUAGCGCUCUUCUCUACUUUCACGACGAACAACCCUCCCUCCACACCCGAAGCUGGGGCGGUUUCUCCGAGCGUCCCCUCACAGAGAAAUGCUACCGCCAAGAACGCACCGCCAUGAUUCUCUCCCUCCUCUUCGGAACUCUCGGUGUUGAUCAAUUCUACGCUCAUCACUGGCCUCUCGCCGUGUUCAAACUACUCACGGUUGGGGGUUUGGGACUCUGGUCGUUCGUUGAUAUGAUUCUUUGGAUUGUGGGUGGUGUGUAUGGAACGCCUGGGUGUCCUGGGGGGAGUUCGAAGGUUUGGCAGUAUUAG